CACACAACAUGGCAUCGUAUGGCUUGCACGAGCGACGCCUUGUCAUCGGGUUGGAUUAUGGAACAACUUUUACGGGUGUUGCCUUUGCGACCCCCUAUGGGAGAACAUGCACCCUCGAAGAGAUCGAUGCAGUUGCCGAGUGGGGCGCGCAGAUGGACAACCUCGAAAAAGUGCCCAGUGUCAUCUCCUACUCUGCCCCAACUAUAGCUAUGGAACAGCAAUGGGGCAGUAGCCUAAGCCCGAAUGCUACCGCCAUGGUGCACACGAAGUUAGAGCUUGACCCGAGCAGCUUGUCGGAUGAGAUGGAUCUGGUACUGCAGUCGCUGGACGGCAUGAAAAACCUAAAUUUUAGGCACAUCAAGGGAGCCAUUGGAUUCAAUGGAGUACCAGCUUAUACAUAUAAAAGUCCGGAGGAGAUUGUAACAGAUUAUCUCGCGAAAGUAUUCCAGUAUCUGUUGAAGGUAGUAGAAGGGUUUUCGUACGAGCUAAGAAGCACCAUCUCGACAGACAUCGUGGUGACAAUACCCACGGGAUGGUCGUAUAGUGCUAUGAACUCAACCUUUCGUGCACUUACCAACGCAGGAUUCAAUCAGUCUUAUUUUCCCAGACUACGAGAUGUGAUCUUUGUCACUGAAUCUGAGGCUGCAGCUAUAUAUACGGCGCGGUAUUUGAAGAGCCAAUUGGGACGAGAAUUCCUGAAGGUGGAUGAGUCGUUUGUGCUUUGUGACGCUGGCGGAGGUACAGUGGAUGUUGUUUCCUACACGGUGACGCAGCUCAAUCCUUCUCUUCAGCUUGAGAAAUUAGGCGAACCGACUGGCCGCAAGUGUGGAUCUGUUUUCAUCAACAUGCAUUUCAAAAAGUGGCUUCGGGAUCAUAUCGGGGAAGCGAAUUACAAAAUGCUAGAUCCAAACAUGGAAGAGAACAAGAUUUCUUCACACUCGGUGGAAGGAAAAGCAAUGAGAGAGCUAAUGAAAGAGUUCGAUGAUCAGAAACAGAGAUUUGAUGGAGAAAUGAAGGAAGACAUUCGUAUUGAUCUGCCUCAUCCGUUGCAACACCUGAGCAUAGCGGGGAAAGUUAACAAAGGAGAAAUCGCGAUACCAUGGCAAGUAAACUUUGCGGACCUGAUAUUCACUAAUUAACGUUCUGCA